CACAGCGUUACCUUAUUCUAAGUGACACUCUGAUCAUCUAGUGUCAGCUGUCUCCAUUGUUGUCUAGAGACGCGGCGGAAUAGCCUCCCACGUGCCAUCAUUCGUUUCAAACACCAUACGUAAUUCAUCUCCGCCAUCAUUGACAACCUAAACAAGCUCUCUCCUAUCUGUGACCGGGCCAUCAGCCCCGGGCGGCACAGCUGCAAUGCUGAGGGUCAAGAGCUCGCGUCGUCCCGCGGGACUCAAGCCUACAGAUUACGAUCAUGAAAUUGCCCUAGUCGACCACGAUGCCUCCGCGACACCGGCAGGAUUGUUGGACCUGGAGGACGAACACGAGGAGGAACAACAAGGGAAUCGUGACGAGCAAGAUGGCGGCCAAAAGAAGCCAUCGAGCAAUACGCCCAACAAUGCUCACACCAAUGAGCAUGACGAUUCCCAUACUGAGGGUGAAAGCCAGACCCAUCCAUCAUCGAACCGCAUUGAGAACGGCCAACCUUCAACGCCCCCACAAACAAGACCAUCCAUUGAAGUCCAAGAGCCAACCCCCGACGGCUUUCAUGGAGAUCAUCCACAUGUGAAGCCAAGGAAGCCUCAUGUCGAACGCGAGACAGCGAUAGACAUCCUUUACGAGAAUGAAAGGGGUGGGUUUCUCUGCGGCAUUCCUUUGUUUUCUUCGCAAGCUCUUGGAGGUCUUGAUCCACCUGCUUGGACCAACGGGUACCAUAAAGCUUCGCCAAGCAACAUCCAUAAUGCACAAGUUCCCGACCCUACAUGGGAAUGGGCGUGGCCCGAAUGGCGAAUUAACUAUCAAAAAGGUGUCGACGAACAUGGCUGGGAAUAUUCCUUCCACUUUUCAAAAAAGUUUUCCUGGCAUAGCGGCAAGUGGUGGAACUCGUUUGUUCGAAGACGUGCCUGGAUUCGCAAGAGGGUGCGAAAGAGACCGGAGGAAGUGUCUGCCGAUCCGCACAUGCUCAACACGGAUUACUUCACGAUACGGCCAGCUUCUCACAAAUCACCAAAGUCUCGCGCGAGUGUCAUUAGCAGUCGUCUCAGUCGCUCGAGUAUGAGCCAGAUGUCGGCCGCGGACGCGGACGAGAAUCCUGCCGAUAUUGAUAACGUGGACGACCUCAUGCGCGCUCUUCGACAAGCCAGGAUAGACCGAGAGAAGCUUGACGCUGUCAACAACUACAUGGAACAUGCAACGGACCUCCAAAACCUUCAGCACGAGAUGCAUGAGAUAAUGUCUUUGUUUGUUUUCCAACAAUCACGUCGCAUAUUGCUCAGCAGAUUGAUGGAGAUUCAUGACGAGACGACAACCCAGAUGAAGAAGACGAACACUUCUGAAUUACGAGAGCGAAACCAGGCAUUAAAGGAUGCCGUCCAUCAUGCUGAUGAAGAGGUUCGGAAGCUAGCCUACUGGAGCGAUGUCAAGCAAAUGGCCGAGAGCGGCGAGGCGAAAGAGGCAGUCAAAGAAGAUAAAGGGUGGGAUGAAAGUUGGGAAGGUGUCGACCAGAGCGGCGGCGCUCAUCCAAUGCGGGAAAAGGCUAUGGUUAACGGUAAAAAGGAGGCAUCGGAGACGUGAGUGAAAACGGUUGUCAAGUUUCAACCUUGUGAUGAGCAAAGAAACAUGGGCAUCUGAUGGGAAGCAGACAAGGCGUUGUUGCAUUGGUGCAGCUGGCGAUUUGAUGCUGGUAACUACAAGCUACUUGGUCACUAUUGUAAUACCUUUAUAAGUUUA